AUGGCAGCAAAAGGCCAAAGCUCUAAGCACAAGAUUGAUGGAGCCUGGAGUCUACCACACCAGGCAAGGCCCCAGGUGCUAUGCAGAGAUGACUCUGAGAUGAUCCAGCACAUAACAACAGGGUCAAAAUGGGAUACGCCCCCAAAGGUGGUUGAGAGUGACCAAGAUAAGAUCCUGUGGGACUUUCAAAUGCAGAUGGACAAAUUGGUGAUGGCUAAGCAACCAGUGGUGAAGAAGCAGAGGAAGAAAGCCGUGGUGAUAAAUGCAGCAAUACCAAACAAUAGCAACAUCAGGAAGAAGAAGCACAGGGACCUGGCAUUCAACCCUGACCUUUUCCCCUACCCCCUACCAACUAGUUCAGCUUGGGGUCGGCGCUCUCACACAAAGCGGGUUCAGAGAGUGGUCAGUGGGCAGGUCAACAAAGCGGGUCGACAAGGGUUCAUCCAGGGUUCAAAUCCAGAGGUGCCCUUAGCAGACGUCAAGCUGGCAACCCAAGCAGGAAAGAAGGCCAAGAAGGCCGAGGAGGAGGAGCAGCCGGCGGCGGCUGUGGCAGCAACAGCAGCAGCAGCAGCAGCAGCACCACCACCACCAGCAGCAGCAGCAGCAGCAGCAGGAGCAGCAGCAGGAGCAGCAGCAGCUGAGGAGGAAGAAGAGGAGGAGUAUGUGGUGGAAAAGGUUUUGGACCGCCGAGUGGUAAAGGGCAAAGUGGAGUUUCUGCUAAAGUGGAAGGGCUUCUCAGAUGAGGACAAUACAUGGGAGCCGGAGGAAAACUUGGACUGUCCUGACCUUAUUGCCGAGUACAUGCAGAAACACAAAGAGAAAGAAGAGAAAAAGAAGGAAAGCAAAAGGAAAGCAGCCAGUGAGGCCUCAGGAGAUGGAGAAGAGCGAGGAAGCAAAAGAAAGAAGGAGGAGGGUGAGAAGGCUCGAGGUUUCGGCAGAGGACUGCAGCCCGAGAGGAUUAUCGGAGCGACAGACUCGAGCGGCGAGCUGAUGUUCCUUAUGAAGUGGAAAAACUCAGAUGAGGCCGACCUUGUCCCAGCCAAGGAGGCAAACGUCAAGUGUCCCCAAGUGGUGAUCUCUUUCUACGAGGAGCGCCUCACAUGGCACUCGUACCCCACAGAAGAGGAAGAGAAGAAAGAUGAGGACAAAAAAGACUAGAUUUUUAGAGGAGAAUGAGGAAGAAGUGUGGCAGUGCAGGGCAGGAAAUCAACUGUACAAUGAAGUUUCAUCCAAGUUGGCCACCUCUAGCAGCAACUUUGGCAGCAGAAGCGGGGAGAAAACUGCCAGUGUGGCUGACAGAGGGGGGGUAAGAAUUGUUUUCCUGCCCUGCAAGGAGUUUUCAAAAGAUGCUCCCACCUGUAUCUCUGCUGAAAAUGGAUUUUUAUUAAUUAAAAAAAAAAGAAAAAAAAGAGGUAUGGUGACACUUAGUUUGUUCCUUCCCCCCCCACCACAUUUAAUAAUCAAGUGAACACAGUGAAAAUUAUUACUGGAGUGUUUGUCUCCUACACUUAGUGAAAAAUGGCACAGAAUGAAAGCUAGCUGUCGAGUUACCGCUCUGCCACACAUUCGUGGCAGAAGCAAGCUGAAUGUUUGGCUGUGACUCGCAACUUUGUUUCCUCUCCCAGUCAGCGCUCCUUAUUUUAGACGUCCAUGUUUGAAACCCCAACGACAGAAAAGCCGUGAAAGAAGGUGCCGAAUUGUGGCAGAGAGAACAAAGUUUACAUCCUCAUGUUUUGUCAGGAUACAUCGGUGGGAAAUUCUUUUGACUGGGAUGGAGUGGGUGUGAGGAGUGAAAGAGUGGACAAACCAUUUGUCCUUUUGGUAUCUGUUCUAUGUGCCACCUGUUUUCUGAUCAUUGUUGACGUGUUGAUUUUAAACCCAAUCACCGCAUACUGACUGUUCAUAGUGACAGGUUACAGACUUCAUGAAGAGCCUUACACAUCCUACCAGCCAGUGUGGCAGCUACGGAUGUCACAGUGCAAGUGGACCAGUGGAAUUCCAUGAUUCCCAAUGCCAGAUUCAAUACCAAUAAAUAAAUAAAAGCAUUUCCACAAAAAAAAACUGCUGUAUAGCUACAAAGGCUAGCUGCGAUGACAGUAGCUCAGAUGAAACAAAUCUACUUCAUGCUAUAAGCUGUCAGUGUUCUUAUUAGCUGCUAGUUUACAAGUAUUUCAAAUGUGGAGACUGGUACCUGGCACUGGUGGCUGGUUUGACUCCCAGACUGUUCAAGCCAGUGUUACCAUUUUAGAAUUGAGCUGUUUGUUACCUGAUACUGUUGAGUGGGGUGUGCACACCUUUAUAGCUACAGUGAGAGCCUCAACUGGCAGGUUACAGUUUCCAAUUUCUGCUUAAGUUCCUUCAGGAUCUGCAGGUUUUCACUCAGUCAUUGAACUUGAACUGUGAGGAGAUCAGCUGGAAUGGAAACACCCCCCCCAAUUGGCCGUGUCUUAUGCUAACCUCUGGAAUACUGCUGUCCUCUUUAACCCAGCUGUUUGUGGACAUUGUAUGCAGUGUUUCGUGUAAGCAAACUAGAGUAUUAUAAUAACACUAAAGGCCCUUUCAGAUAUAGCAUAUGUAACAUUGCUGACUUCAUCAUUCUGUUAAAGACACCGAGCGCUCAUAUGCUACAUGUGAUUUGUUUUGUCUUUUGUGCAAAGACUUCAUGCUUUUUGGCAGCGCGCUUUGACUCGAGGGAUGUGUAACUGUGCUGUUUGGGCAAAAAAACAAAAAAGUGUACCUCCUCUUGCACAGACCAGGAGAGUGACUAAGAUUCCUGACUAGUCAUGUGACCACACACCUUCAGGCUUGUGCCAAAUUAGCCCCAUCUAGUAAUAGGUUGCUGUCUUAACUUUGACUUUUACAGAAAAGCAGUGCAUCUCUGAAGGGGCCUAACUUAAGUUGUUCUGAUUGGAGAUAAUCUGUGGAAACAUUUCAGUGAACUAAAUUCACUAAAAGUCAGCUGUAGUGUUGGGAAAAGAAGAGAGAAGCAGCCACACGAUGAUGAAGUGCUGGCUGAACUAUGGCGGCAUCGCGCUAACUUUGCUGCCACUUUGGCUGGUAGGUGGCGGUGUUUCCUGAUGAGACACUGGCUCCAUAGCAAACAGGUGGGGCUCACUGCUCGUGCAGGAGACGCUGGAACGUGUAUCAAAUUAUCCUCGUUUCCACUCCCUUGUUUUUAACCUUCACACAUUCAGCCACCUGUGUUCUCUGGGCUGUAUUAUUUGCGCUCGCACUGCCCGGGCAACACUCAACACACAGUAUUCUUUGGCAUUCUCUGCUUAACACACAUUUUGGUGAAUAAAAUGGGAUGCAUCUUAAAAAUGUUUUCAUGCUUAGCAGAAUCAGUUUAGGAAAUACUUGUCAUGUACUUUGUGUUGAAUGUAGCCCGGCUGUGUGUAUUUCUAUGUAUACUGUAUUAAAGUUAGAGAAGUAGCUGGCACAUCUGGGUAAGCUAGUUCAAACCAGUUCAUACUGUAGGUGGUGUUUUGCUGUUGUCGUUGAUAAUGGAUGAGUUGUCCUGAUGUUCUUCUUUUACAGUGUCUCCAUUCAUUUGGAUAGUCUAGCUUAUCUUUAUAUACAUAAUCUAGUAACCCCUGAGGCUACAUGCAACCAGACCAGAUACAGGUCUCUAUAGUUAACAUUUAAAUCCAGCAUAUUAGGCUAAACUAGUUUUUUGGUUUUUGUUACUGUUGCAAGUCUUGAAGGUAUGUUUCUGAAACAUCCUGCACCCUGACUGCUUCACCACUGACUGAAAGGAACUGAACUAUCUGCACCCGGAUCUGCUGCUUAGCUUUUUCCAUCUCGUCUCAGAAACGUAUUUUCUGUUUUUAGUGGGUUAGCUUGUGUUGUCCUGUUGCAUGUUUUUCUUUUGCAAUGUUUCUGAUGGACAUUUAACUGUUUUGAACAAUAAAAUGUUUUUCGUUUUCUUAA